AUGUUCUUUAUUUUGUUCGUAUAUUUACUACACCUAAUUUCAUUAUGUAUAACUCAACCAACAUCAUACACAUGCGAUCCAUUAUCAUCAUGUGGUUGCUCAAAAGAAAGGGCAGUUUUAUCAAAAAUCGUUGGUGGAGAACCAGCUGUACCCCAUAGUUGGGGUUGGAUAGUAUCAUUUCGAAGGUACUUAGAUCACAAAUGUGGCGGUGCUGUAUUAAAUGAAAAUUAUGUUAUAACGGCAGCACAUUGUAUCGAUGAUAUUAAUACAAUAAUAUCAAAUACAGUAUCCGUUGGCAAACAUCAACUGAGUCGGAGUGGACAAAUUCGUUCAAUAUCAAAAGUAUUUGUGCAUCCAUACUAUAAGAAAAGCACAUUUGAAAAUGAUAUAGCUGUACUUCAAUUAUCAUCACCAUUAAAUUUAUCAGAUCCUCUAGUAUCAAAAAUAUGUUUACCCAACCUUACGGAGACCACAUCGUUUGAUGUUCCUGAAUAUCCACGUGUUAACAGUUCACUAGUUGUUGUAGGAUGGGGGCGUCUGUUAUUUAGGAAUGACAGUUUACCAGACAUACUUCAACAAGUAACAGUCAGAGCCAUAUCAAAAAACCAUCAUAUGUGCUCAGAAUCAAUACAAAAUCCAGAAAUACAAUUUUGUGCCGGUAUUGAUAAUGGAGGAAAAGAUUCAUGUCAAGGUGAUUCAGGUGGACCAUUAAUGUUAUUUUCUAACAAUCGGUGGGAAUUGGUCGGUAUUGUUAGCUUUGGAAACGAAUGUGCCUUACCAAAUCACGCUGGAAUAUAUACACGUGUGGCUGCUUAUCAAAACUGGAUUAAAAAUAUUCUCGAAAAGGGUAUCGAUGUUCUUGAUACUACAACUCCUAUCAGUAUUCUAAAAACAACCACUACCAAUAGUUAUCCAAUAAAUUCUAAAAUAUACAAAUGCAAUUCAUCAGCUCAAUGUGGUUGUUCAAAAAACUGGGCAGUUUUAUCGAAAAUAGUUGGUGGUGAAAUUGCUAGACCUAAUACUUGGGGCUGGAUUGCUUCGAUUCGACGGAAUUCGCUUCAUAUAUGUGGUGGUAGUAUUUUAAAUAAAAACUAUGUAAUAACAGCAGCGCAUUGUUUGAAUUUCGAUGUCCUAAGACAAGGUUCUGUUUCGGUUGGUACAGAGCGAUUGAGCCAACCUGGACAAGUUCAAUCUUUCUCAGAGGUGUUUAUUCAUCCAAAUUAUGAUCAUAGAUUACUUCAAAAUGAUAUUGCCAUUUUGAAAUUAUCAUCUCCAUUAGAUUUUUCCAAUUCAGUGAUAUCAAACGUAUGUUUGCCUAACAUUGAUAAGAGCUUUCUGAGAAGAGAAGAGUAUCCUGACGUUGGCAGCACAGUAGUUUCAAUCGGAUGGGGUACAUUAUACUCCAAUGCUAGCAAAGCAUCAGACACACUUCAACAAGUAACAGUCAGUACUGUAGCCAAAACACAUUGGACUUGUUCUGGUUCAAUUACAAAUCCAGAAAUACAAUUUUGUGCCGGUGUUAAUGGUGGUGGAAAGGGUACAUCUUUUUCUGUGUACAGUGACAGUACUAAUAUUCAGCAAAAUAGGAAAACGAUAUUUGCUUUUUGA